AUGAGAGUCCUACGAAACCCAUGCAGACUUGGACGCGAUGGCCUAUUGCUGAUGCGGAAUGCGGCUCCAAUGGCUUUCAGAACAAUGAGAAAGAAGUCGGCCUCAGCCUUUGAUCAUCAGAAGACCUCCUCUAUGAUCGGUUCUAGCGCUGCUACAGGGCUUCUCGCGGGCAUCGCAGGGGUUGCCCUCAGCUUCAAAUACUUUUCCCAUAACACUCAGGAUUCGUUGCCGCAGGAGGGCAACUCACAGGUCCAGUCUGUUCACAAGUAUCCAAAAUACGGUGAUAAGCAAACCAUGCAGAAAGCUCUCAAGGAAAUUCAGGCCGAACUUGGAGACGAUGCGGUUAGUGUGGACGAGGACGACAUCGAAGUUCAUGGCUAUUCUGAGUGGUCGACUUCCAACAGCCCGAUGCGCCCAAUGGCAGUGUUAUCACCCAAAUGUACGCAGGACGUCUCAUUCAUCGCAAAAAUAUGUACCAGGUACAAAAUCCCUAUGAUUGCAUACGGAGCAGGGUCGAGUGUCGAGGGACAUGUCAGUGCUCCUUUCUCGGGUUUCACCAUAGACCUGUCCAAAAUGGACAAGAUAGUCAAAUUCCAUCCAGACGACCUGGACAUAGUUGUCGAACCGGGUGUCAAUUGGGUGGAGCUCAACGAGCGGAUCAAACCUUCAGGUCUAUUCCUACCCCUCGACCCAAGCCCUACGGCACUUGUUGGUGGAAUGGUCGCAACCAAUUGUAGUGGAACAAAUGCAUUGAGAUACGGGACAAUGAAAGACUGGGUCGUCAAUCUCACGGUCGUUCUUGCGGACGGCACUGUCAUUCAGACUCGACAUCGACCGCGGAAGACAUCAGCUGGAUACAAUUUGAAUGGACUGUUUACAGGCUCAGAAGGAACUCUGGGCAUCAUCACGCAAAUCACGCUGAAGUUAGCUGUUAUCCCGUCGCAUUUUGGCGUUGCUACAACCACAUUUCCCACCAUCAAUGAUGCAGUUGGAGCCGCGACGGCCAUGGUGCGCAAAGGAAUACCAUUAGCUGCUCUGGAACUGAUGGAUGAGACACAAGUGACAGUGAUCAACCAAACAGGUGGCGUAGGCGGAAAGAUGCUGCCUCAAGAGCCAACAUUGUUUCUGAGGUUUUCCGGCUCAGAACGAGCAGUCCAGGAAAGCAUGUCGCAAGUGAGGGAUAUCUGCAGAGGCCAUGGCAACAAUAGCUUCCAGGUAGCUACCUCAGAAGAAGAGAUGAACAACCUGUGGUUGGCCAGAAAACAGGCAUUGUGGGCUAUGCUUGCAAUCCGACCUGAAGGUACUCAGAUUUGGUCCACCGAUGUUGCCGUGCCAUUGUCACGUUUAGUCGAAAUCAUGGAGCGCUCGAAGCAGAAUGCUUCUAAACUUGGUCUAUUCUCGAGUUUGCUGGGACAUGUAGGGGAUGGCAACUUCCAUCAGGCUGUAAUGUACAAUCCUGAUGACGAUCUGCAAGUCGCCGCUGUCAGAGAGUGUGUGGAUGACAUGGUGUCCAAUGCAUUAGCCAUGGAGGGAACGGUAUCAGGAGAGCACGGAAUAGGGCUGGGGAAGAAGGAUUGUCUGGCCAAAGAGCUGGGCGCUACCACCAUCAAUGUAAUGAAAUCUCUGAAGCAAGCGUUGGAUCCGCACUGGCUCCUGAAUCCUGGAAAAAUAUUCGAUCCUUGA